UUUAACAGCUGGUAGCAUGAAGAGAAUAAGACUCAUACUUGAGCUGAACACCAGUUGCUGUAGACCUGCUGUUGAGAUGGAAACCUGGCUGUGGAUUAUUAUUGCUUCACUUCUAUCGGAGUGUAAUGGAGAAGACAGAGUCAAUCAGACCGGAGAAUAUGUCAUUGCCACUGAAGGACUCACAGUUAGUCUUCGCUGUACAUUUGAGACCACUGACAGUAGUCCCAGUUUGUUCUGGUACAAACAACAAACCCAUGACUUCCCCAGGUUCAUGCUACGACGCUCUACAUUUGGAGGAGAUAAUGCUCCAGAGUUCCGCAAAGACCGAUUUGAUGCCCAAAUCCAAAUCAAAUCAGUUCCUCUGAGCAUCCAGAACCUGCAGCUGUCUGACUCUGCUCUGUACUACUGUGCUCUGAGGCCCACAGUGACAGGAAACACAGACUCCCUGUACAAAAACCUGCUGAACACUAAACAACUUUUCCUCUACCCCUGAAACCAGCA